UGUGUUUGGAAGACUCUUUUUAUCAGUAAAAUCUAAUGCCAAAACUUAACCCUGCAACACUCAAGAGAUCAUUCCUAACAGUGUCACAGGAGCUGGAAGUACUUUUGAUACCAGCAUGUAACACACUGAAUGCCCGCUUUUUUUAGAUAUAAAUUAGUCUAAAACUUGAGCCUCGAUUAUCACAAGCAAAUUAAGACCAAAGAGAAGAAAAAUAUAAUUUUUUGAGAUGAAGGGCAACACGCAUAGUGGGAUGGUAGCCAGCAUGCGUGGUGCGAUGGACGACAGCAUGAUCGGUGUGCGCGACUUGAAAUUUCUUGAGAAGAUGAAACAAGGUAAAAAGCAAUUCAAGGAAUUGGAGGAUCAACAAAUUGCUAAAGCUGUUACAACCAAGCUCCCAGAACUCUACAGAGCAGCAAUGGAAGGAAAUUGGAAAGACGCUUGUAGCGAAUUUCGUUCCAAUCAAAAUGCAGAGACAGCAAAAAUCUCCAACCUUGGCAUGACAGCCCUUCAUGUGGCAGCUAGCUGUGGCCAGUCGGAGUUUGUGCAGAAGCUUGUGGGGAGGUUAUCUGAGAAGGAGGUUGAAGCCAGAGACCAACUCGGCCGAACUGCUCUUCAUCACGUGGCCUUAGCUGCAGGUGUGGACGCUGCCAAAGCAAUGGUGAACAAGAACCCAAAUUUGCCUUACCUUGGGGAUGUGAACAAACAUACUCCCCUCUUCUAUGCUGCUAAAUGGCGAAAACCGUCAGAAAGCAAGAAUAUGGUGGAAUAUCUCUACGGAGUUAGUCGGGAAGAGAAUUUGCCUCGUGACCUUGAGAGUGAGAGAAGAGAUGUUUGCAAUGCCUUCACGGAUAAUUCAGGCCCCGAUCUCAUUGUGGCAAUCACUGCUUCGGGGUCAUAUGAUACUGCAUUGCGUAUCCUUAAGAGAUAUCCGAAGUUAACUCUUAAAAAAAAUGACAAAGGAACGUCCAUACUUCAUGUACUUGCAAUGAAGUCUAAAGCAUUUCUGAGUGGAAAUAAACUUUCUCCAUUGAUAUCCUGGAUGUAUGAUUUGGUACCAGUUGACGACGAGGAAACAAAACACGAAGAUUCGACAAGUGAUGGUGCUAACAGCAAGAAUCGAUGCUCAGCAGCUUCAUUCUUUAAAUUUAUGAGCAAGUUCAUUAAAGGAAUAAGAGAGAUGUCAGAAGUAAAGCAAAGCCACGUGCUUGCGGUUAGACUUGUAAAGUUUGUAUGUGAUGAGUUACAUAAGAAAGAAAAAGAGGAAGAGGAAGAGAAAAAGAAAGAGAAAGAGAAAGAAGAGAAAGAGAAAGAGCGGGAGAAAGAGAAGGAGCAAGAGAAAGAGCCAGAGAAGGAGCAAGUGGAAGAGCCAGAGAAAGAGCCAGAGAAAGAGAUAGCGAAAGAGCCAGAGAAAGAGAAAGGGAAAGAGAAAGAGAAGGAGAAAGAAAUGGACUUUCUUCUGCAUUUCGUCAUCCCUGAGGAAGAGCGAGAGAAAGGGAAAGAGGAAGAGAAAGAAAUGGACUUUGUUCAGGAUUUCUUCAUCCCUGAGAAUAGCACUGCAAUCUUGCACUUAGCGGUGGAGCAUGGAGUAUUUGAGCUUGUAGAAAAGUGUCUAAAAGCUUUUCCUGAUCUAAUUUGGUAUGCAGACAAAGCCCCCAGAAGUGUGCCGUGGCGUCAUGCUCAUUAUACGAGCACAGUCAAAGGAAGUUUGGUGUGGAAUGAUGCCACUCAACAUGCAGACACAGCCACCGCAAGUUCGAAUCCGCCUGAAUAUACAGACACAACCUCUGGACAUUGGAAGUGGCAUGAGGGUCAAUAUGCAGACACAGCCACCGGCACCGGACGUUUGUUGUUGCAUGUAGCUAUUGAGCAUCGCCGAGUGAAGAUAUUUAAUCACUUGAUCGAUUACAUUGGAAAAAAUACUAAGGCGUAUGCCGAUUUAAAACUUGAAGGGAAUAACAAUUCUCUUCAUUUGGCUGCAAAUUUGGCUCCUACACCUCAACUCCAGUCUGUCCCAGGUCCUGCAUUUCAGAUGCAGCGAGAAUUACAAUGGUUUAAGGCUGUGGAAGAAUUAGUUUAUGAUGAGUUAAAGACGGAAAAGAACUUAGACGACAAAACACCUCGAGAAUUAUUCUUCAAUGAGCACAAAGAUUUGCUAAAGGAUGCAAAGGAAUGGAUGAAGGAUACAUCAAACUCGUGCAUGGUGGUAGCUACUCUGGUAGCAACAGUUGCAUUUGCUGCUAUGAUCACCGUACCGGGUGGCAAUAAUAGUAACACGGGCCUCCCUAUUCUGGCCACGAAAAAACUUUUCGUAGCAUUUUCCGUAUCAAACGCAUUGUCCAUGGUAUCCUCCGCUGUUUCUCUGCUCAUGUUCCUCUCAAUUCAAACAUCUAGAUAUACAGAAGGGGAUUUUCUGGAUUCACUUCCCAAGAAAUUGCUUCGAGGUCUACUUUCCUUGUUCAUUGCUAUAGCCACAAUGAUGAUAUCUUUCGGUACAGCAAUUGGAUUGUCACUUCAGACGAGGCUCAACUGGAGUUACAUUCCCAUCACAAUCAUUGCUUGUGUCCCUGUUAUCAUUUUCACCUGGUUGCAGCUUCCUUUGCUUUUGCAAGCGAUCAUAGUCGAAUCUGGACCUGGCAUUUUUCAGGGACAAAGGGAUCGCAAGCUUUGGUGCAUCAAGAAAAUUGGCGGCCAUCUUUUGGCAUAUGACAGGGUUUGACCUCAUUCCACAAUUUGCUGCUAAUUAGUUCACCAUUAGAUGGCUUUCCCAAGAGUUGUCUGCAUGAUUACAUUGUAUUUCUUUUAUUCUUUA